AUGAAUGGCGACCUGAGUCUGUCGCAGACGCUCGGCGGACUGCGCAUCGCCAACCCGGACGAGGACGACUCGCCGCCGCCCACGCAGCACCAAGACGCGCCCGACCACGACCAUGCCGUCGCCCAACACCCCAACCAGGACCCCACGUACCAACACUCGUACAUAGAAGAGGAGCCCGCCAACUCCUCGCUCCAGCCCGCCGCCAAUGCCUACCAGAGCUCGCCCUCGGGCUCCCCGGCCGCCUUCCCCUCGCCCCUGGCCGACACGUCGUCGACGCACUCGCACUCGCCGCGCCUUUCCCACCGCCAGUCGAUGCCCCUACAGCACCAGGCCCAGCACCAGCAGCCCGCCUAUCCCCCAUAUGCCGCCGGCCCACUGCUCCAGCAGCAGCGCAGCGCCGCCCCGACGUCGCAGCCCAUGCGGGAGCGCCCCGUCUCCACCAGCAUGUACCAGCACCCCAACCUCUCCACCUCGUCCACCACCGCCCCGGGCACCUACCGAUACAACGACGACGCAAUGGCGGGCGAUAUUCGGCGGACGGCGAGCUCGCGGGUUGCGCCUGGCGCCAUGCCCGUCAGAGAGGCCAGCAGGAGAGACCCGUACCGCCAGUCAGCCCAGAUGUCCGCCAUGAACGGCCCCAUGCCGCCCCGGAGAAGCUCGCGGCGGAUACCCAUGGAUGCCGGAGUCUCACAAUUAUCCAGUUCACCCUACAGCGUGGAAGGCGGGCCGCUAUCGAGCAGCGAGGAGUGGAAGGAGAAGGGCGCGGCUGUAAGCACCCGCCAGGACCUCGACCAGAACGGACGGCCGAUAACGCGUGUCGUGAAGAAGGGCGUCAAGGACUUCAAUUUUGGCAGGACACUGGGCGAGGGCUCCUACAGCACAGUCUUGGCCGCCACGGACCGCCAGACAUUGCGCGAGUACGCGAUCAAGGUGCUCGACAAGCGCCACAUCAUCAAGGAGAGAAAGGUCAAAUACGUGAACAUCGAAAAAGACACCCUCAACCGACUGACUGAGCAUCCCGGCAUAGUCCGACUCUACUACACCUUCCAGGACGAGCGAUCGCUAUACUUUGUGCUGGAUCUGGCAGCGGGCGGAGAGCUGCUGGGCUUCCUCAAGAAGAUGGGCACAUUCGACGUCGAGUGCACACGGUUCUACGGCGCGCAAAUACUGGACUCCAUCGACUACAUGCACAACAAGGGCGUCAUACAUCGCGACUUGAAACCGGAGAACGUCCUGCUCGAUGAUGCGAUGCAUGUCAAGAUUACUGAUUUUGGAACAGCAAAAAUACUCGAGCAAAAACACAACGGCGUUAGCUCAACAACCGGCGAUCCGUUGGAAAGCGUGCAGAUGGACCGCGCGCAGUCCUUCGUCGGAACCGCCGAAUACGUCUCGCCCGAACUCCUCACAGACAAGAAUGCAUGCAAAGCCAGCGACCUGUGGGCUUUCGGGUGCAUCAUCUACCAAUUACUCGCCGGCCGACCACCGUUCAAGGCCGCGAACGAGUACAUGACCUUCCAAAAGAUUGUUGGUCUCGAAUACACAUUUCCGGAUGGCUUCCCUCCGCUGGCAAAGGACCUGGUGGAGCGACUGCUGGUCCUGGAUCCGUUGACGCGGUUACCCAUGGAGCACAUCAAGAACCACCCCUUCUUUGAAGGAAUACAAUGGGGCAAAGGCCUGUGGAAACAGAAGGCUCCACGGUUGAAGGCCUACAGUCCGCCGGCACAGGAGCCCAUCAAGCUGAAUGGCCCAUCAACGCCAUCAGUAGCGGCAUCCACCCAAACCCAGGCACGACCGAAGCCGCGCCUCAUCACCGAACUACCCCCUCCCUCCCAACUAGACAUCGAUUGGUCACCAGUCCUCACGAAGCGAGACGAACGGAUAUUGAAGCUGGGAAACAUGUUUGUGACGCAACACCCGGCGGGUCAUGUUGUAGGCGGAAAGGAAGAGCCUGUCGAGCAACCCAAGAAGUUCUCGCGCUUCUUCGGCGGCAACACGGUCAAGAAGCGCCAACGGCUCGUCAUGAUAACGUCGAAUGCACGCGUACUGAUGUGCGCAGCAGGCACGAAUGACAAGAAGCUGAAGGAAGAGGUAUCGCUGCUCUCCGCAGGCUGCGCAUGGAGAUCAUUCCAAGACUCCAAAGGCCUCACUGCCUGGCUCGUAGAAACAAAAGAGAAGCAAUACGUCUUCGAAGACCCCAAGAGUACAACGAGCGACCCCGACGGCAGCAAGUACUCGAGCCAAGAAUGGCUCGACAGCAUCGAACAAGCACGCGACUACGCGUUCGCGCAAACCAUGACCAACUCGUACUCAGCCGACGUAGGUCUGAACGAGCUCGUCUCAAACCACACCACCCCGACCAGUACGUUGGGAGGAGACUCCGCCCUCGAGGGCGUCAACAUACCCGCCUCGCGGCAUGGGGGCGGCGGCCACCUUCGCAAAGAUAACGCCGAGACUGACUCGAUCAAGGGCAGGAAGCGCUUUAGCAAACGUCAUUCCAAGAACGGUUUGGCAAACUUUUGA